CCCAAAUAUCUCGCGGGCUCGGCUCCGCACUCUCUCCCCGUCCCUCUAGCUAGUCGCCGCCGGCUAGCCGAAGGGGCUCGCCGCCGCGCCGAGCCCGAAAUCGCCGGCGCCCUAUUUGCGAAGCCACGGGGCGCGCAGCAUGAGGGCGGCGGUGAGCUCACCACCUCCGCACUGCUACUCGAGCCGCCGCGCCACGCUGCUGGACGCCCGCCAUGUGUUCGACCGCGUGCCGCAGCGGCGCCUGCCGCCCCUGGCCGCGGGCCUCCGCGCGCAGACCGCGGCGGCGGCCGUCCGGAGGCCCGUGCGGCGCUCGGCCGUGUCCACGUUGGCCCCUGCCUGUCGCGCCGCUGCAUCAGGUACUAGAACUGUUCCUGGUUUGUUUAGGACAUUCCUGCAAAUCCCAACAGCCUCUUCAACUCCUUGCGCGCGUUUAACUCCAUCUACAUUCUCGCCAUCAAGACGAAACUUUGAAGGCUAUAUUCCACGAAGCUGCUCAGGUUCAUCAUUGAAAAUCUAUAGCAGGUCAUCACCGCUAACCCUGCAGCCAUCUUCAGCUCUCAUGGUGUCGUCCCAGCUCACCUCUUCUGACGUGGCACAACGGUCAGAGGAAUGGUUUGCUCUCCGCAAGGACAAGCUCACCACAAGCACCUUCAGCACAGCCUUGGGUUUCUGGGCCGGCAACAGAAGGGCAGAGCUGUGGAAUGAGAAAGUUUUUGGACCAGUGGACAUCAAGCUGGCAGAUACGGCCAGGUCUGCCAUGGACUGGGGCACAAAUCAUGAAAGUGUAGCCAUAGAGCAGUACACAAGCAUCACAGGAAAAUUUGUGGGUACCCUCGGCUUCGCGGUGCACACAGAGGCCAACUCCGGAUGGCUGGGAGCCUCACCCGAUGGAAUCCUUGGAUGUGAACCCGAUGGCGGGAUCCUGGAGGUCAAGUGCCCAUUCAACAAGGGCAAGCCCGAGCUCGCCCUGCCGUGGCGUGCCAUGCCUUACUACUACAUGCCGCAGGUGCAGGGCCUGAUGGAGAUCAUGGACAGGGACUGGGUGGAGCUCUACUGCUGGACGCCCAACGGCAGCAGCCUGUUCCGGGUGCCCCGGGACCGCGCGUACUGGGAGCUCAUCCAUGAGGUCCUGCGUGACUUCUGGUGGGGCAACGUGAUGCCGGCACGGGAGCUGGUGAUCCUGGGGAAGGACGCCGAGGCAAGAUCCUUCGAGCCGCAGCCCAAGCACCGGCUCACGAACCUGGUGCUGUUUAGGAGCAGGAAGCUGGCCUCAGAAGCCAAGCUUUUGUGUAUGGAUGUUGGCGGCCAUGUAGAAUUCUUCCAAUGAGUGGUUCUGCCGAUGAUUGUACACUGUAUUGUGACUAUUCUUUAAAUUAAAUCAUGAAUGAAUGACUCUCCAAGCUCUGCGUGA